UCAUCAUCUUCACAUUAUUACAUUAUAUGAAAACAUCAAAUCUAAGUACAAUGAUAGACGACAACACAGUUCCUGCGACCAUGGAACUCAAAUUGAAUAUGCAAUGUCACUUAGUUAAAGACAGAGCCUUUGGGCUUUUACAUACAGAAACAUAUAACAUAAGCACUAAUCCAUGAAUUUACAUGUUAUAUAUGUAUGAUCACGAAGUUCCAAUUCCAAGAAAAUUCAUAAUUAGCAUCAAAAACUAUAAAGUUACCUCUUUUACUUCUGCCGGAGUCGUUGACGGGAGAAUCUCUCCGACUCUCGAUCUUGCUACGACAGUCCAAAACCACCGGAUAUUGUCGCAGGUGGGUCUGGUUAGUGUGAAACCGAUCAAAGGAGAGAUUUUGACAUUUUUGUUUGGAGGAAGACGAGGAGAUUUCUUGAACCGAAUGUCUCGGUUUUUCUAG